ACCCAACCCAGCUGACCGUAUAGGCAGCCCAAUUAUCGCGGCUGAUAAAGCACUCCAACGGCGAAAGCUUUUCGAACUUCACGAAUCAUGGGAGGAUGAGAGCGGCGGCCCGCGUGAGGCGACCGCGGCCGCAACGGCCGCUGCCGGAGCCGGCGACGCCAUCGAUUUCGCCGGCGGCGAGGGCCAAGACGAAGGAGACACCCGCUCCUCUAACCCUUCCUCUGAAGGCGCUCAAGUUCCGCCUGGCCAACGGCCCACCGCUGGCGUCCACGGCAAAGGCCUUGAAGUCCUACGCCGAGACGUGCACCUCUCUGCUCCGCCUUUGCCGUCAUACCGCCGCCGCAGCCAGCAACCGACCUUCUUCCUCAGUCUCCUCCACCCUGCCGCUCGUCCUCUCGUUGCAUGCGCACGCCCUCCGCUCCGGCCUCGGCGCCGACUGCUCCGUCGCGUCGAACCUCCUCACUGGCUACGCCGCAUUCGCCCGCUCCGCGGAUCGCGACCGGGCCUUCGAUGACUGCGUUGCCUCCGGUGCGGCCUCCUCCUUCGUGUACGACUUCAUGGUGUCGGAGCACGUAAAGGCCGGGGACAUCGCCUCUGCUCGCAGGCUGUUCGACGGAAUGCCCGAGCGGAGCGUCGUGUCGUACACAACCAUGGUGGACGCGCUCAUGAAGCGUGGGUCUGUGAGCGAUGCGGUUGAGCUGUAUGAGCGGUGCCCGCUCCACUCAGUCGCCUUCUUCACCGCUAUGAUUUCUGGGUUUGUACGCAAUGAACUCUACAAAGAUGCACUCCAUGUGUUUCGCAAGAUGCUAAGCUGCAGUGUGAGACCUAAUGUGGUUACACUGAUUUGUGUGAUCAAGGCUUGUGUGGGUGCAUGUGAAUUUGAUCUGGCCAUGGGUGUGGUGGGAUUGGCAAUCAAAUGGAACUUGUUUGAGAAGAGUAUUGAGGUACACAAUUCUUUGAUCACUCUGUAUCUAAGAAUGGGAGAUGCAGCUGCAGCACACAGGGUGUUUGAUGAGAUGCAGGUGAGGGAUGUUGUCUCAUGGACUGCAUUACUUGAUGUGUACGCUGAGUUGGGUGACCUCGAGGGAGCUCGACGGGUCCUUGAUGCAAUGCCUGAGAGAAAUGAGGUCUCGUGGGGUACUUUGAUUGCAAGGCAUGAGCAGAAAGGUGAUGCUGCAGAAGCAGUAAGGCUUUACAGUCAAAUGCUUGCUGACAGUUGUAGGCCAAACAUUUCAUGCUUCUCUAGUGUGCUAAGUGCUUGUGCUACCCUUCAAGACUUAAGAGGAGGAACUAAGAUCCAUGCCAAUGCCCUGAAGAUGGGUUCUACCAGCAAUUUGUUUGUAUCUAGCUCUUUGAUUGACAUGUACUGCAAAUGCAAGCAGUGCACAGAUGCUCAAAGGAUAUUUGAUUCCCUCCCACAAAAGAACAUAGUAUGCUGGAACUCUCUUAUUUCAGGUUAUAGUUGGAAUGGCAAAAUGAUGGAGGCAGAUGAGCUCUUCAAGAAGAUGCCUGCAAGGAACGCAGCUUCAUGGAACACAAUGAUUUCUGGUUAUGCAGAAAAUCGACGAUUUGUUGAUGCACUAAAAUCUUUCAGUGCAAUGUUGGCUUCAGGGCAGAUUCCAGGAGAAAUUACCCUGUCAAGUGUUCUUCUUGCAUGCGCAAACUUGUGCUCUUUAGAGAUGGGCAAGAUGGUUCAUGCUAAGAUUGUCAAGCUUGGAAUCGAAGAUAACAUCUUUAUGGGGACUGCACUCAGUGACAUGUAUGCCAAGUCAGGGGAUUUGGACAGCUCCAAGAAGAUAUUUUAUAAAAUGCCUGAAAAAAAUAGUAUCACUUGGACUGCCAUGGUUCAGGGACUUGCAGAAAAUGGAUUUGCAGAAGAGUCUAUUUUGUUGUUCGAGAAUAUGAUGGCAAAUGGAAUAUCACCGAAUGAGCAUACAUUUUUAGCUAUUCUAUUUGCUUGUUCCCACAGUGGUUUGGUGGAACAAGCCAUACAUUAUUUUGAAACAAUGCAAGCACAUGGCAUCCCACCUAAACAGAAGCACUACACCUGCAUGGUUGAUGUCCUAGCUCGAGCUGGUCGUUUGACAGAAGCCGAAGAGCUUCUCAUGAAGGUUCCAAGUAACUUUGAAGCAAGUGCAUGGUCAGCUCUUCUGAGUGCUUGCAACACUUACAGCAACAAGGAGAUUGGUGAGAGGGCAGCAAUGAAACUUCAUGAGUUGGAGAAGGAUAAUACAGCGGGCUAUGUGCUACUCUCGAACAUGUAUGCAUCUUGUGGUAAAUGGAAAGAUGCUGCUGAGAUGAGGAUACUGAUGAAAGGAGCUAGCCUUAAGAAAGAUGGUGGCUGCAGCUGGUUACAAUUGAAGGGACAAUAUCAUGCCUUCUUUUCUUGGGAAGCAAAGCAUCCAUUGUCAUUGGAAAUUUAUGAAAUCUUGGAUCUAGUGAUGUGGGAAUUGACUGUUUGAAUCUAUUUUGGUGGUUUGCUACCAAUAGGAACAGUUAUGAGCAAAUGAUGAUUGCUGUGUAUUCUCCAGUUUCAUGAAGGCAAAGUAGCAGCACAGAGUUGUUUAUGGAUAAUUAUUGGAAGUCAAAUAAGUCUGACUUCUCAAAUGAUGGUUCCCUUGAGUCUUGAUGCAAUGAGUUACACAAGUAAUCAAGGAUAUCUGCUUCUUAACAAUCAUCAACAACUUCUGGGUAGAUCUUGGUUCAUGAAUGAUGUUCUAGGAAACCCGAAGCAUUUGAUAAUGCAUUAUGGUCUACAUGAUUUGAUGUAAAACCAGCUUCAGAAAAACAACAGAGUAAAUGCAACACCCCUUUCAAAAAAAGUGUAUAUAAGUACUGGACCUUUGCUGGGCACUACUGCUACACACCCAAGUGAAGGUUGCAGAGGUGAUUAUUCAGAGGAUGUAAAUAUACUGCAGGAUGCAUUUAAUGAAUAUCUAAGAAUAGCCUCCUGCAAUGGGCUGGCUUAACUGGCAUAUGAAGCUGGUUUGGUGCUAUGAAUCACUUUUGGUAUGUGGCGGAGGAAAUCUUCAGCCGGGUGGCGGACCCGCCUAAUCCUAGUUAAGGAAGAGUUUGGGGGAGACCUAGGAGCGCUUGAUCGAUGGGCGGAUGAACACAGGAAAGACACAAGGAUUUUAGAGUAGUUCGGGCCGCCGGAACGUAAUACCCUACGUCCACUUGGAUGUUGUAUUGAUUAUGGAAGCCUGGAAGGAACUUAGAACGUGUGUUCAGAUGUGUAUCUAAGAUGGAUCCUGUGCUCUAACGGGUGCACCCUCCCUUUUAUAGUCCAAGGGAGGUGCUUACACUGAGCGGGGUCCCGACAGGUGGGCCCGGCCAA